GAUUUCUUGCGGUGCGUCACUGCUGCCAUUAUUUACUUUGCCAUUUCAAUUGCUGCUGUCUCAAAAUACAAUGACGGAGCAUCUAAAGCAGCAGGAGUGUUUGGAUUUAUAGCCACGAUAGUGUACGCCAUUGAUUUCUACAUAACCUUCAAUGACCUGGUUACUUUUCUCAAGCAAGGCAGUUCUGAUUCCCCUGAGGAGCACAAGUCAGAAGAUGAGAACUCUGAUUCUGACUCAGACUGA